GAUCUUCCCUAACCUAAAUGUUAUUUAAGAAAUAACCAAAUAAUCUAUUUAAAUAAAAAAAACCCUUUCAAUGAGAUGUCAGGCUUGUUGCCCAAUUUUGCAAUUCAAUUGAGGUCAUUUAUUUCAAUUGUAUCUUGAACAGUCGGAACCUUAGUGUACAAAUUUGCUAUGAACAAAUUUUAGAAAUUUAGGGAGGAGGCCCCAUCUUGUCAAUCAUGUCUGAAUCAGGUUCGCUAGAAUGCACUGUAACUGAUCAACCAACCAAAAGAGAAAAAUAUCAACUUUUCAAUUCUCUUUCCUGCCUCGUGAAAUCUUUAGAAGGACAUAAUACCGUGAUAGAUUUACGAAAUGAAAAUAUUGUUUCUGGAAAAGUAGUCAAAGUUGAUGGGUGGAUGAAUGUUGAGAUGGAAGACGUUGUUUUCUAUGAUGCUCGUGGAACCGAACAUCUGUUCUCACAGUUUUUUGUGACCAAGAGGCAUAUUCGAUAUGUUCACAUUCCUAAAGGAUUUUCUGCAAUAGAACUAAUGAAAGAUCAGUUGAAUAGAAUGUCUAGAGGUCGCUUUACAAAGAAAACACCCCAUACUUUCAAAAAGGUUAGAGCAAAGAGGUAUCAACAGGAAAUAAUUAAAUCCGCCUUCAAUAAAGGUCCUUCUACCUCAUCAAAAUGAUAUGUAAAAUUAGACAUUAGGAUUAUACUUGCUGUAUAUGUUUUCACUUUCGAAAAUACAAAAUAUUUCUAA